AGUGCUGCAAAUGAAGCGUAAAAACCAAACAGGCUGCGUUAGCUUCCCUGUCAUGACGUCGGGAUGUUUUUCUUUCCUCCGCCGUCAACGAGACACCGAGCACCGACACCCAUGAAGCCCGUCGCUCCCUGAUCCGCAUCCAGCGUGAAGUCAGCCCCGCGCCCCGCCCGGUCCUGGAGGAAGUGGUGACCUUGCCUAAUUGACACGCUGCUGCUACUGCCCGCUCCCCAUCUCUUGCCCCCCCCACCCCCACCCCCUGUCGUGAUUGGGUCUCCGUGCUGCCGGCGGUGGAUUGGAGCACUCUGAUUGGAGGUUUUGCGAGGUGGUUUUUCGGUCUGGCGCCGCCUCCCCCCGGGGCCGGCGUGCGCUCCCAGCAGCCCGUGGUGCCCUGUGCCCCCCUUCCCCGUCACUACACAACAGAGCCCAUGCCCAGGGAGGAGGCGCAGUGCGUCUGCCAGGAGCCAUGUGCCUCCCUCACACCAACAACAUGGACAACAAGCUACAGGGUGCGGGACAGGGGGGAGGGGCUUCACUUCGACUGCGACCAGGAGGCGUUCCACUGGAGCCCUUCAUACACCAGGUGGGGGGUCACACCAGUAUGAUGCGUUACGAUGACCACACAGUGUGUAAACCUCUGAUCAGCAGAGAGCAGCGAUUCUACGAGUCUCUGCCUCCAGAGAUGAAGGAGUUCACACCUGAGUAUAAAGGCAUGGUGCUGGUUUGUUUCGAAGGCGACUCUGACGGCUACAUCAACCUGGUGGCCUACCCCUACGUGGAGAGCAACAUGGAGGGAGGGGCUGGUGACCACGAGGAGCGUGAACCUCCCGAGAGGGAGCAGCCGAGGAGGAAACACUCCCGCCGCAGUCUCCACCGCUCCUCCUCCUCUUCCGAACACAAGGACGAGCGGUCUGACCGGAGGGAGUCACAUGACACCGACACCUCUGAAAAUCUUGCAGAGCUGAAGAGUCCCAGGCUCGACCCAAAGAUCCACUCCGACGUUCCCUUCCAGAUGUUGGACUGGAACAGUGGUUUGACAUCAGAGAAGAUCAGCCAUAACCCCUGGAGCCUCCGUUGUCACAAACAGCAGCUCAGUCGCAUGAGAUCUGAGUCCAAGGACCGCAAGCUCUUCAAGUUUCUAUUGUUGGAGAAUGUGGUUCAUCACUUCUCUUACCCCUGCAUCCUGGACCUGAAGAUGGGCACCAGGCAGCACGGAGACGACGCCUCCGAGGAGAAGGCGGCCAGGCAGAUGAAGAAAUGUGAACAGAGCACUUCAGCGACGCUGGGGGUCAGAGUGUGUGGCAUGCAGGUGUACCAGCUGAACACCGGUCACUACCUCUGCAGGAACAAGUACUACGGCCGCGGCCUGUCGAUCGAAGGGUUCCGCCAGGCCCUCUACCAGUACAUGCACAACGGAAAGGGCCUGAGGCAGGACCUCUUUGAGCCAAUCCUGAAUAAGCUUCGCAGCCUGAAGGCGGUGCUGGAGAGGCAGGCCUCCUACCGCUUCUACUCGUCUUCGCUGCUCAUCAUCUAUGAGGGAAAGGAAUCUGGGGGCCCCUCAGUCCUCAGCUCUGGGCAGCAUCCAGCCUGGCAACAGAAGCCUCCUCUGGCCCCGACAGAGCCCGGCCCCGGGCCCUACACUCCUCCGGCCCCCGACACCCCCCGUCAAACGGACAUGAGCCAGAAACCAGACCCGGGGUCGCUGUCCUCUCAAGGGUUCGGACCAACGGCUCCGCCCUCCCCUGCCCCUCAUCCCCCCCCACAAGCCCCAACCACCACGUCAGACUGCUACUCCUUCUCCCCCCCUACACCCUCGCCUCACCCCCGUCCAGACUCCUCCUCCCCGUCCUCUGCUCCCUUUAAUUUCCUGCCCCCUCCUCCCGCCCCACCAAAGCAGCCCCCCCUUGUGGACGUUCGUAUGAUCGACUUCGCCCACUCCACCUUUAAGGGUUUCCGCGGGGACACGGCGGUGCACGACGGGCCGGACCGGGGCUACAUGUUCGGACUGGAGAGCCUGGUCCGGAUCCUGGAGAGCCUGCGGGACGGCAACCUGCCAUAGCUCCGCCUACACUCACACACACUCAUACACACACACACAGACUCACACACUCAUACACACACACACAUACUCAUACACUGCUCUUCAUGAGUUAGCUUAGGUCAUGCUGCUGAGACGUCUCGGCUGUAAAUAUGGAACAGGGUUCUCCAGGACGUCCCCAUGGAAACAUGGGCAUUCUACAGGAAAGUAGUUACUAUAGCAACGGUCAGGAGGUGGGACAGUGGAGCUCUGGAACACCUCUGCACCACACACACCGGUUGUGCAUCUAUACUUGUGAGGACCCUCGUUGACAUAAUAUAACCUAAAGUUAACCAUCACAACUAAAGCCCAAACUGCAGUACUCACCUAAAACCCAAACUUUACUGGCAUGAGCCCUUUUCAGAAGAAGCUCACACACACAAUCUUUUUCAAUCACUGACAAUGAUCAGGGAAAUCACGGAAAUCUAAAAAACAAAACCUUCUUGGUGGAAGUAAUGAGGGCGACUGAGGUCCUAACACCAAAUGAAACAUUGAAGGAUUUAGGACCAGACGAGGUUCCCUAAUGGUCCUCACAAACAUAGACAAUCAACAGCAGACAGACACACACACACACACACACACACACACACAUACACAUACACACAUACACACAUCCUGGGAACAUUUAUCUGUGGAGCUGCACCGUGGAGGAGAGAAACAACCAAUCAGCUGAAUCCCAGGGACCGCCCACUGAAGUUGGCCAACAAUCACGUAACUCACCCCCUGACACCCCCACCCCUCACCCCCCUCAUCACCCCUCACCCCCCUCACCCCUCUGCCUACUCCUCACUCCUCUUUCUCUACACAAACCAAACCCGGACAGGUGAACAGACUCUUUCAGCGUUACCUCCAUGACGCACUCAGAACCACACACAAGCAUCUGUUAAAGCAAUAGAUGGCGAUGAUAGAUGGCAACUUUUUUUCUCGGGCAGUGCAGAGGGCGACGUCGCCCACAGGGAGAAGUGCGACAGAAGUUUGCAUCAUAGCAGUUAGACUUUAAGGAAAGAGUAUAGAUCAUUUUUAAAAAACGCUAUAUGUCCGUUUUUGGGGCUUAAAGUAGUCGGUGUCCUGUGAAAAUCAUCCUCUCUAUUGUGUCAGUGUCAGUUUCCCAAAUCCAGUCUAGUGAUAUUCUAUAUUUUUCAUCCUGUCAACAAACCCCAUGAAAAUGCAUCCGAUUAACAUGUUUCAGUGUAAAAGUCUGAUAGAUCUUAUUUCUUUGUGCCAAAACACGUCACUUUUACAUUGGAUCACAUGUUCCGUCAAGUUCCCUUACACCACCCUGCUGCUGGAAACACUCACAAAAGACCCCAAUACGUAUAAAUGCGCCGCUGAAAAUAGUCCCCAGCAAACGCCCUACUUCCUGGUGUUUGUAAUAUUUGCUAGAAAGUAGCGAGACAAGUAUUUUUUAAUGAAAAUGUAGAUAUGUGUAUUUUUAUGCUUUUAUUUUCUGGCUGACGGGAGAGAGAUGAUCAGAAAUGACUCGUGUCUGCACUUCCACCCCUGAGCUCCUCUUGGAAGUUCAUCCUUGAACGUGUCGGUCAGCGGCCAACAAUAAUCUUCCCACAACCUCCGUUCAGCAGCUGCUCCGGAGCUUUCAGUCGGCCGGUGAGACGCCUACAGAUCGAAAGCUCGAGAUCAGCUGUUAACUUGACUUUGUGGUGACAAUUAGAGAUGUUUCCAAAACACUUUCCUGCUGUUUUGAAGCAGCAAAGAAUUGGUGAUUACCAGGAAAGGGACAAUGCAGUUUUAUCUGGGUGAAACUAAUAUACUUUAAAAAUCGAAUAUACUACUAAGACAUGGUAUUGGAUCGUUGCAUAGAUUUGCGUAGUCGCCGAUCUUUCCCUGCAUUUUUCAGUGUUUUCUGAACAAAACGUCGUUAGUAAUAAUGUUUUAAUCAAAUUGUUGUUUCUAAUGUCAAGAAGGAACUUUCAAUCUUUCAAAUGUGAGGAUCUUGUGAAAUGUAAAAGCUCCAGAAACAGCUUGAACUCUGAGGUGGUUUUGUUGUGUCGACUUUAACUUUCAUGAGGGAAACGUGUAUUUACACAGGGUUGAGAACUCAGAACGUUUAAAGAGACGCGUUGUUGGUUUUUCAUGGGAUUUGUUGACAUGAUUAAAGUGUGGAGUGGUAAAAGCCUUAUUCUGUGCACUAGAGUGACAUGGUGGAAUAACAGGAAUAUUUAAUGUCAAGAAUAUUUUUCUGAUAUGUCAAGUGUGCAAAAAAAAAAAUGCACAAAAAACUAAGUUGUGAUAUAAUUUGCUUUGAAUCAUUAUUAACAGAAAACCUGAUGAAUAAUUAGACAAACGAUGAUGUAACUAUCGUUCAGCUCGACACCAAAAAAAAAAAGUAAAGAAAAUCAUCCUCAGGUCAAAGUUGGCAGAGGAUGUUAUUGUUUUAUAUCUCAUGUGAUAGGUCAGAUGAGAUGGUGUCAGCCAAUCACAGUCCAAGUUCCAAAGGGAGGCUGGUCGUGACGCCGCACCGCCCCCUGCUGGACAAGAACAGGAACUUAACCCCAGGAGCUGGAAUAGAGCAAAUAUGAAUAUUUUAUUUUUGGUUUAUCAAGGUGAUAAUUUAUUUUUUUAUCGUACCUUUACCCAUAUGUGGGGGCAAAUGUUCUGUCUUUUACAUGUCUCGCCCCCUAAAUGUAUAAACUGUAAAGAAAUUAAGACACUGUGUGAAAAGUCACGAGUAUAAGCAGUAUUACUCGAGCUAACUCAAGUCUGUUCCAUUUGCUGCAAAGACUCGGCCUCAGUCUGACGUUGAUUCUGCAUCGACAGACAAAAAAAAAUUGAUGUUUCGUGAAGAAACACACGAGCAGCAAAUCCAGACCUGAGUCUGCUCACUGAGCCCGACACCUCUGCCUGCUGCGGAGCCGCUGCUCUGGUGGAGCGCUCUUCUUGAAAGUGUGUGAGUGUGUGCGUGUGUGUUAGAGCAGAUGUAGACGCCAUCUUUAGUCUUUGGUUUGUUUCACUUCACAUUUAAGGAGUUGGUAAAGAACUGCAUGCACGUUUACGUCCUCCUGUUUGAGUCAUUUUUCAGCACAGCGUCAAACGGUCUUGUUACAGUCCUCACAGAGUCUAACGCAGUGACGGUCCACGUGUCCUCUCAGAUCGUGAUAUUUAUUCAUGGAUAUUAGCCUCAAUGACUGAUCAGAGUUAUUUAGCAGCAUUUUCUGCAUCUGACAUUGUCCUGUUUGUUAGAACAGUGGAAGUAAGUGAGAUUAAAUCUUUCCAGAAGCUUU